AUCAUCAUCAUAUACUGUACAUAUAUGACCUGUUUUCUUCUCAUCACCCGAAGCCCUUCUCCUCUCUCAAAGCUCCGACCCGGUUUUAGCCAUCUCCUCUUCUUCACCUUAAUCAAAAAGGUCAGACCUUUCGUUGUUGUUGUGUCCUAAGGCUCGAGCUCUCGAAUCCAUUUCUACCUUAAUCACAUCACCCAACUCCUCCUUGAUUCAUUACAGCAACUGGGUUCUCAUAAAGCUUCAAACUUUUUCGAUUGUUGUGAUCAAUCAAAGUUUCGAUUUUUAUUGCUCUUUAGAGACAAUGAGUCGUAGGGUACGGAGGAAGUUAGAGGACAAAGGCAAAGACAAGAUAGUAUCCUCCUCCUCUUUGCUUGAUUGGACUAGUUUAGAUUACGACGCAGUGCUUCACCUGUUCACUUGCCUAAACCACCGAGACAGAGCUAGCUUAGCAUCCACUUGCAAGACAUGGAGAGCUCUCGGCGCUUCCUCUUGCCUAUGGACUUCACUAGACCUCCGUCCUCACAAGCUCAACCCUUCAACGGCGACUUCUCUCGCCUCCAGGUGUGUUCAUCUCCGCAGCUUAAGGUUCCGCGGCGUCGAGUCUGCUGACUCAAUUAUCAACCUGAAGGCUAGGAGCCUCCUCGAGGUUAGCGGCGACUACUGCAGGAAGAUUACAGACGCUACAUUGGCGAUGAUCGCCGCGCGCCACGAGGGGCUUGAGAGUCUAGAACUUGGACCUGACUUCUGCGAGAAGAUCACUGGUGACGCCAUUGAAGUUGUGGCUUUCUGCUGUCCUAAGCUCAAGAAGCUUCGUCUCUCGGGGUUAAGAGAUGUUACUUCAGAAGCUGUUGAAGCUCUAGCUAAGAAUUGUACACAGUUAACUGAUCUUGGUUUGUUGGAUUGCCUCAGCGUCGACGAGGAUGCACUGGGGAGAGUUGUGUCCCUUAAGUAUCUAUCUGUUGCUGGGACAUCUAACAUAAAAUGGUCAGUCGCGUCGAGUAAAUGGGAUAAACUCCCAAAGCUAAUUGGCCUGGAUGUCUCCAGGACCGACGUGGGUCCUGGAGCAGUUUCCAGGCUUUUGACAUCGUCUAAGAGCUUAAAAGUUUUGUGUGCUGUAAACUGUAGUGUACUCGAAGAGGAUACAAGUUUCAUGAGCUCGAAUAGGUUCAAAGGGAAAGUUCUACUUGCUUUGUUUACUAAUGUUUUCGAAGGAGUUGCUUCGUUAUUCGCCGAUACUUCAAAGAAGAAACCAAAGGAGAUAUUCUCAUACUGGAGAGGAUUGGAGGAUAAAGCAUCAGUUGAUGAGACUAUGCGUUGGAUCGAAUGGAUUGUUUCGCAUACUCUCCUGCGGACUGCAGAGAGCAAUCCGCAGGGGUUAGAUGAGUUCUGGCUGAAACAAGGAGCUGCAUUGUUGCUCACUCUGAUGCAAAGCUCGCAGGAAGAUGUUCAAGAGAGGUCAGCUACGGGACUCGCGACUUUCGUUGUGAUCGAUGAUGAGAAUGCUAGUAUAGACUGCGGAAGAGCUGAAGCGGUUAUGAGAGUGGGAGGGAUCCGUCUUCUUCUUGACCUUGCGAACUCGUGGCGAGAAGGGCUUCAAUCAGAAGCUGCAAAGGCUAUUGCGAAUUUGUCGGUGAAUGCUGACGUUGCGAAGACCGUUGCUGAUGAAGGAGGGAUCAGGAUUCUUGCUGGUUUGGCUAAGUCGAUGAACAGACUUGUGGCCGAGGAAGCUGCUGGUGGACUGUGGAAUCUCUCUGUUGGAGAAGAGCAUAAGAGUGCUAUUGCUGAGGCUGGAGGAGUGAAGGCACUAGUUGAUCUUAUAUUCAGAUGGCCAAAUGGUUCUGAUGGAGUCUUGGAACGAGCUGCUGGAGCCUUAGCAAACUUAGCAGCAGAUGAUAAAUGCAGCAUGGAAGUAGCAAAUGCUGGAGGUGUACAAGCCCUUGUGAUGUUAGCUCGCAAUUGCAACUACGAGGGAGUGCAAGAACAGGCUGCUCGUGCUUUAGCUAAUUUGGCAGCUCAUGGUGAUACCAACAAUAAUAACGCUGCGGUUGGACAAGAAGCAGGUGCAUUAGAAGCUCUUGUUCAACUCACUCAAUCGCCUCAUGAAGGUGUUAGACAAGAAGCUGCUGGUGCACUUUGGAAUUUGUCGUUUGAUGAUAAGAAUCGAGAGUUUAUUGCUGCAGCCGGUGGUGUUGAAGCUUUGGUGACACUGGCACAGUCUUGUUCAAAUGCGUCCACAGGUCUUCAAGAAAGAGCAGCUGGUGCUCUUUGGGGAUUGUCAGUGUCAGAAGCAAACAGCAUUGCGAUUGGACGUGAAGGUGGCGUCCCACCUCUAAUUGCACUUGCACGGUCUGAAGCCGAGGAUGUACAUGAAACAGCAGCUGGAGCUCUAUGGAACCUUGCUUUUAAUCCCGGUAACGCACUUCGCAUUGUAGAGGAAGGAGGAGUUCCAGCUCUUGUUCACUUAUGUUCAUCUUCCGCCUCAAAAAUGGCUCGGUUCAUGGCUGCACUGGCUUUAGCAUACAUGUUCGAUGGAAGGAUGGAUGAGUACACUCUGAUGAUAGGAACAUCUUCAUCAGCGAGCACAUCAAAAACCAUUAGCUUAGAUGGGGCAAGAAGAAUGGCUUUCAAACACAUUGAAGCCUUUGUUACAACAUUCAUGGAUCCUCAGAUCUUUGUAGCCGCAGCUGUCACAUCUACUCCUACUAUCUUGUCACAAGUGACGGAGAGAGCUUGCAUACUAGAAGCUGGCCACUUGAGAUGCAGUGGUGCUGAGAUCGGAAGGUUUGUGACAAUGCUACGCAACCCUUCUUCUAUACUCAAGGCAUGUGCUGCCUUUGCGCUUGUUCAGUUUACGGUACCUGGUGGACGUCACGCGAUGCAUCAUGCGAGCCUUAUGCAGAGUGGAGGAGAAGCUAGAGUACUACGUUCUGCUGCAGCUGCUGCUAGUAUGCCUCGUGAGGCCAAGAUCUUUGUUAAAAUUAUCAUUCGUAAUCUAGAGCAUCACCAGGCUGAAUCUUCUAUUCAAUAAUGUUAUCUUAGAAAGUGAUAGUGAACAUUCCCAUUUACUUAAAAAGAGUUCCCUUCUGUUA